AAAGGCCGUGUUCUGCGCACGCGUGUGCACGAUUCAGCAAUCCUGAGGUAAAAUGGCGUCGGGUGCCAUUUCCACGGAGUCCAAGAAAUUAUCAGAAUUAAGAGUUGUUGACCUCAAAUCCGAACUCAAGCGAAGGAAUUUGGACACGUCUGGUAUAAAGAGCGUUCUUCUCGCGAGACUGAGACAGGCUGUUGAAGAUGAAGGUGGUGACCCAGAAAACUUUCAAACACAGCUUCCAAGUGAGACAGUACCUCGGAAAGUGGGAAAAGCUAAAGGAAAACGAGUGGAUUUGGACGCGGACAACACAGCAGAAGAAGAUGUGCUUUACAAGGAAACUGAAGAUUACGAAUCAGAAAAAGAUGUAACUGAUACAGAUGAUGGUACUCGUGAAAAUUCUAAGCCUGCGCCCUGUGAGGACAGCCUCGUUCAGCCUGAGCCUGAGGCUGAGGCCCUGGCUGAUGCUGAACCAGAGUCAGAAGUUGUGGCGACUGAGGCUGAUUCAGAGACUGAGCCAGAGGCGGAUGCAGAGACUGAGCCAGAGGCGGAUGCAGAGACUGAGCCAGAGGCGGAUGCAGAGACUGAGCCAGAGGCGGAUGCAGAGACUGAACCAGAGGUCGAUGCAGAUGCUGAGCCGGAGGGCGAUGACGAUGCUGACCCAGAUGAGGAUGAGGAGGCUGAGCCAGAGGUGGAGACCGAACUGGCUGAGAUGGAUGCUGAAGCCAUGAAUUCCUCUAAAGAAUUAGAGGACGAUCACCUAUCCGUCUCAAUCCCAAAUGAAGAUGCCAUCACCCUAGAUGUUGAUGGUGACGACCUCCUGGAAACAGGUAAACAUGUGAAACUUCCAGAUCCAGAUGCCGAGAAGGGCACUGAUGAGCCAGAGGCCUCUGCUGAGACAGGCCCAGAUGAUGACAUGAAGGCGCAAGAGACAGACGGCCACAGAGAUGGUAAGAAAGACGAUGGAUCCAGGUCCGAGCCCACGAAGAAAGACAGCAGAGACGCCUUGAAGAAAGCUGAAACAGGAGAUAAAGAAAAGGAUUCUGGGAAGAAAGGCCCCUCCGCUACUGGGGCAUCAGGUCAAGCAAAGAGCUCUUCAAGAGACAGAGAUGGAAAAGCUCCAAAAGAUGAAAUGGGAGUCGUCAGCAGCAGCAGUUCUUCUCGUAACAUCUGGGUGAGCGGCCUGUCCUCAAACACCAAAGCAGCCGAUCUAAAGAAUCUCUUUGGCAAAUAUGGGAAGGUUCUAAGCGCCAAAGUGGUUACAAAUGCUCGCAGUCCUGGUUCAAAAUGUUACGGCCUGGUGACCAUGUCCUCCAGUACAGAGGUGACGCGGUGCAUCUCUCAUCUCGACUGCACAGAGCUCCACGGACAGCUGAUAUAUGUUGAAAGGGCCAAGAAUGAUCCGUUCAAGAAAGAACCCUCAAAGAAAGAAGCAGAGGACAAGACAAGUUCCAGCAAAUCAAGUGACAAGCGCAGUUGCACAGGGAUGAAAUGGGCUAACAAAGCACAGCCAUCUUACAAAAAGGAAGAGAAGAAAUCAGAUAAACUUUCAGAAAAGGACAAAGACUUAUCCAAGAAACAGGAGGUUUCAUCCAACCUGGGACAAGAUUGUUCGAAGAAAGACGACAGAAAGCAUGGGCGGCCCAAGAGUCCAGGCAAGAUGCCGAUGUCAGAUUACAGCAGAGGAGAUAAUUUUGGCAAAAUGAGACUGUUCAGACGGGGGAGGUAUUUUGAUAAACCUCCAUUCCACAUGAAUUUUCAAAGACGGCCGAAAUGGUUGAUUCCUCCUGAAGAGAUAGAGAUGAUUAGAGAACACCACCGACCUUUUACUAACAAGGGGGAAGAAACCGACAUCCUCCCUUUUGAGAAGAUGAAGGAGCAGAGGAUGCGAGAACGGAUGGCUCGGCUGGACCGUGUCCGUCGAGCUGUAGAGUUGCGCAGACGGCGUGAAAUUGCUGAACAAGAACGACGGGAGAAGGAGCGUGUCCGCCUGCUGCGAGAGCGUGAAGAGAGAGAGAACCUGCUCAGGGAGCGCCAGAGACUGGAGAUGGAAAGACAAAAACUGGAAAGGGAGCGCUUGGAGAGAGAGAGGCUCGAGAGGGAAAGAAUACGUAUAGAGCAGGAACGGCGCAAAGAGGCAGAGCGCAUGGUACGUGAACGCGAGGAGCUGCGGAGACAACAGGAGCAGCUCCGCUAUGAGCAAGAAAAGAGAAACAACCUCAAAAGAGGCCGUGAAGUGGAACACGGUCGGAGAGACGAGCCAUAUUGGAAUGGCAACAAGAAGAUGCAGUCCGACUCUGACGUCCGUUUGAACCAAGGCUCAAACUACAACCGGCAGCAGAACCGCUUCUCUAACUUCAGUCCCCGAGAGAGGGGUCGCUUCCCAGACGCUGCCGUGGAGCAACCCAACACGUAUGACAGACGAAACCGAUUUGACGGUGAGCCAGAGGCAAAGAAAGGUCGCCCUGCUCCCCACAGAGAGGGCUCCGGCUUCGAGCGCUACCCCAAGAACUUUGAAACAGUCCGCAGAGCGGAGCCGCCACCUCCUCCGCGCACCGAGCUCCGGGACACCGACCGCAGGGACAGAGACGAGAGACGACCUGUGCCCAUGCACGAUCGGCCGAUGGGUGCCCGAGCUGCAAUGCCUGGCAUGUCGCACAACCGCUCACCCAGGGAUGGAGGGCAUGGAUGGAAGAAUGAUGGAGGGAUGAACUCCAACAAAGGAGAUAUAAGAGGGCCGAUGCGUAUGCGUGCUGAGCGAUCGGGAAGAGAGGGUCCAGGUCCGGCUCUCAGAGGAGGCUCUUCAGCCAGCCGAGGAAGGAGCAGCUUCAGCGACCGAGAUGGAGGAAGACCCAUGGUGAUGGGUGAUCAGGCGUUCGGGUCCGGCCGCCAGGUGGUGGUGGAACGUCACAGCAGGGAGCAGGGCCUAAGGAAGGAGUGGCACGGUGGAUCGAGCUCCCAGGGCAGCAGCUUCACUGACAAUCGCAGGAUGGGAGACACCCGCAGCAGCAUGAUGUCGUCUUCUAGUCACUCGUCAUCUGGAAUGAACCGCAUUGUACAGAUCACCAGCAACUCCAUUCCCAGCGGUGGCAACGUGGGGGGAUUCAAGCCCUUCAAAGGAACACAGCGGCAGUUUUAACUGCAGCGGAAUCCUGCCACUUUGAAAGAAAGUGGAACAUUUCUGAACUCUUUAUUUUUAGAAUAUCAACCGUUUUAGGUGGCGCAUUUGUAGCCAUGAGGUUGGAGGCGCUAUUUUAUUUUGUAUAGACACGUGUUCUCCUCAGUGUAGGGUUUUCCUGACAUUUUUGCUGUUAGCAAUAAAAUAACCAUGUGCACAUGUUUUGCUUAUAUUUAGGAAGCUAUUGUACAGCCCUAGGUCUUUGUAAGUAAAGUUUUCAAGUGAUACCCACUUCUCCGUUAAUUGAAUGUUGUAUGUACAUUUUCAACAGACCAGUGUCACACUCAGUUUUCCGUGUACCAAGUCUUAUUUUAGUGUAACAUAGAGCUCGUAAAGUGACGGGUCUUUCUUGUUCUUUUUUUUAUAUUAAUUUUUUUCCGUAAAGGUCAUACUUGGCUUGGAAGUUUUGGAAAGAUUAGUUGGAUUUACUGAAUCACCAUCAAACUCAAAAAUAGCCUGCAUUGUAGCAAAUUACCUCUCAUAGGCCAUGGCUUAAAUUAUACACAGGCCAGUGUCUCUGAAAUGAAAACCAGAGUUCAAGGUAUUUUCCCUGCAGGGCAUUCAGUGGUGUCGGUCUGUGAAAUGACCAUCACACAGCGUUUUUAUAUUUCCUCUUUGUUUUUCAGGUAAUUCUGGAAGUGUGAAAGUUAUGAGGGAACAUCUGGUUGCUUUUCUGUCACUUCUCAGCUUAGUGAUUUUGUGAGAUGCAUGAUAUUGGGCUGUGUACUUUUAUUUAACUUUAUGAUACAAACCAGGAAGUACUCUGAUGGCAGCAUGUAAAAAGUUUGAAAAAUGUGCGCAAAAUGAAAUCUGCACAAGAUUACAUACGUCGACGUUAGUGGGCGGGUAUUAGGCUACGUGAGGUUUCUGUUUUUUUGUUUGAUAUAUUUUCUCAUUUUAUUUAAAAAAAAUCUACUUUAUUUGAUCCUUUCCAGUACUACACAUCUUGGACUGCAUCCUCUUGGACUCACAACACACUUCACCUUCACACCUGUUGUACUUGGUUGAUAAAGCUUGAUUGAACUAAUAAAAAUAACUGAGAAUCUGAA